AUGGUGAUUGGAUAUCGCACAGCCGCCGAGGAAGAAGCUGUGCAGAUCAACGAGAGAAACACGCCCUUCAGAGAUCCGGCCUUCGACAACUUGCCAGGUGGCAGUCAAAUCGGAAAUGGCAUUUACCUAGGCUCCGAACCUGCUGGAUGGCGAGGCUCGCCGAUCAAGAAGAACUGGUACUGCGUAUUCAAAGCAGAUGAAGCCCGCUUUAAUGCAGCCUCCAAACUCUGGAUCCCGCAAUUCUACACAAGCAAGAGCUUCUGGGGAAACUCGAAGUCCAAGGAGCUCUGGGGCUAUGGCGAGAAGUUGAUCGCCAAGUACAUUGCAAAGUUCGGCUUCAGUGCGAGUUCAACACUUCGCUUCUCGUACAUUGAGGCACAUGGACGCACGCUGCAAAUGGUCAUUCCCACCAAAAUGGCCAACGCUGACACUUUGGACAUUUACGCCAAGUGCUUUGAGACCAAGUCUGAACUAAUUGCUUAUGAGAGCGAGUCCGUCAACUUCUGGGAUUGGGCCAUUAAGGGAGACCCUGGAAACCCUGGCUAA